CAGAAGACUUCCAAACCCAAGAACUUCACUCUCCUGGAAACCCACCCAGAUCCUCCAACUUCUGACACCAUGGUCGACUCCUGUUGUGGCUCCGUGUGUUCUGACCAGGGCUGUGGCCAAGACCUCUGCCAGGAGACCUGCUGCCCUCCCAGCUGCUGCAGGCCCCAGUGCUGCCAGUCUGUGUGCUGCCAGCCCACCUGCUGCCGCCCCAGCUGCUGUCAGACCACCUGCUGCAGGACCACUUGCUGCCGCCCCAGCUGCUGCAUCUCCAGUUGCUGCCGGCCCAGCUGCUGUGUGUCCAGCUGCUGCAGGCCCCAGUGCUGCCAGUCUGUGUGCUGCGAGCCCACCUGCUGCCGCCCCAGCUGCUGUCAGACCACCUGCUGCAGGACCACCUGCUGCCGCCCCAGCUGCUGCAUCUCCAGCUGCUGCCGUCCCUCUUGCUGUGAAUCCAGCUGCUGCCGCCCCUGCUGCUGCCUGCGUCCAGUCUGUGGCCAAGUCUCCUGCCACACCACUUGCUAUCGCCCAACCUGUGUCAUCUCCACCUGCCCCCGCCCCAUGUGCUGUGCCUCCUCUUGCUGCUGAGCCCACUUGCCCUGGCUCACCUCUCCCUUCCCUGCUGGCCCACAGAUAUAGACCCUUCUUCUGUGCUGACCGUUAGGAUGCAGUGAGUGGUAUUGAUGUAAUUCCACAGGGUAGACCUCAUGUUUCCAAUGAGCCCAUCAGCAUGCCGCUGACUCUGUGAGAACAUUCUGGUUCAUUUUAAACUCCCUCCCUUGCUUUCUUUUUCUUCCAGUGAUGGCACCAAAUAGGAAUUAAUUUGUAAUCCACUAGCUAAGAAAUUAUUCCGAUCCUGUAAAGUAUUCAUUCUCUUUAUCAUUUUGAGCCUAUAGAUUGUCCUUCCCAAUGCGGUAGACAUUAUUUCCCUUUCAAAAAUAUUUGUCUAUCAGCCUUUCAGUCAUUCUUUUCUCUUAUAAAGAUAGGAGGCUGCCCGUCCCAUGCUCUCCUGCUUUCUCCCUGCUCUCCCAUCCUCUCUCUGAACAGGUUUGCCAGACUUUUUCUGUUUUAUUAGUUCUUUAUCUUUAUUGUGUUCACAAAGUAGAUUUUAUUAAACUUUUCAUUUAGAAAUCUUUUA